CAUAGUACAAUGAAAAAGCUGACUUAAGCUAAGAAAGCUGAAAGGUUUCUUCAUCGACAUGGGAAAGCAAUAAACAUCAUAGUCAAAGCAGAUUGUGAGAUUACUUAGCUACCUUUAUAGCCAUACCUUAGCAGAGAAGGAAUGCGAGAGAGAAUAGUAAUCCUUUGUUCACACUUUUGCUUCUUCAUCUUAAGAACACCACAACUUGUGUCUUGUCUCCUAUCUAGAAAUCUACAGCGAUGACUAUGGCAGAGUACUCCAAGGUCAAAACUUCGGUUUGGUGGGAUAUAGAGAACUGCGAGGUUCCUAAAGGAUGGGAUGCUCAUGCGAUUGCGCAGAACUUGGGUUCUGCUUUGUUGGAUAUGAACUACUGUGGUCCUGUUUCAAUCCUUGCUUAUGGUGACACCAACCUCAUCCCUCACCAUGUUCAGCAAGCUCUCUCUUCUACUGGUGUUGGCCUUAAUCACGUCCCUGCAGGAGUGAAAGAUGCGAGUGAUAAAAAGAUUCUAGUUGAUAUGUUGCUGUGGGCUGUAGACAACCCUGCACCAGCCAACAUCAUGCUCAUCUCAGGUGAUAGGGACUUCUCCAAUGCUCUUCACCAGCUAAGUAUGAGGAGGUACACCAUUCUUCUCGCUCAGCCUCCACGUGCCUCGGCUCCGCUUGUCGCUGCUGCCAAAAAUGUAUGGCUAUGGACAAGCCUAGCAUCAGGAGGUCCUCCUCUUACAAGUGGUGAAUCCUCUGGACCGGUUAACAAUGGACGCUGUAAUGUCUCUAAUCCAGUUUCUGAACUAGCUCAAUCCAGCAAACCAACUGGUUCAACUUCUGUCGUUGGAGAUACUAAUGUUACUUCUUCUGAUAGCUUUAGAGCACACCUCUCAGAUAAAAGACAGACAUCUCAGGCUGCGUUUGUAGCUAGUCAUAAAGCUCAUGCUAGUGUUUCAGUCAAACCUAUACAGGAAGCAGAUGUUGUGGAACCUGUUCUGUGUACUGUUUGCCAGAUCAGCUGCAUCAGUAAGGAGGUAUAUGCAAGGCACACGUAUGGUAAAAGACACCGACACAACUUGGAGCUGCAAUCAGGUAAGGUUCCGGGACCAGCUGUGUUUCCUAAGGAGGUUCUGACAAGACAGAACAGAAGAAUAAGAAGAAGGUCAAGGAAGGCACUAAUUGAUUCUAAGAAGCUCCAAGAGAAAGGUGUAGGAGAAAAGUUUCAACCAAGAGAAGCAAUUGCACAGUCUCAGUUUAAAAAGAAGUAUGUUGCCAUGGUGAAUCAAUCAGAGGAGGUUGAAGAGAGAGGUGAGGGAGAAAAGCGUCAACCAGUAGAAACAAUCACAGAGUCUCUGUUGCAUUGUCAAAACACUCAAGAGAACAACACCAAGUCCUUGGAGAAGCAAAGCAAAGAGCUCAGAGAGAUACUAUUUGGCACCUCAGAAAGCAGUGUACAAGAAAAACUUCCAAGAACUAAAGACCAGGCAGAGACUGUUAACAAACAGCUUCCAAAUGAAGAAGCAAGAGAAUGUUUUGAUGGCAUUGUCAGGCCUUUAAACCAGUCUCAAGGAGCAACUGAUAAUCACUCAGGGGAUGUGAAGAAGAAGAAGAAGCAGAAGGAGGUGAUGGAACGCCGAUCUAAGCUUUGUCAUCAUUGCGUAGUGAUUUGUGAUAGCCAAGGUGUUUCAACACUAGUCUGCAGUAACAUAUAUCAUUGGACAAACCACCCUUUGGCUGCCUUUGUAGAUGAUGCUGUGUGGUGCCAAGUCUGCCAGACGAGAUGCAACAGCAAGGCUGCAUAUGAAAAUCACACCUAUGGGAAAAAACAUCGACAAAACUUGGAGUUGCAAUCUGCCAAGAAUGAAAACAUGUCUAAAGGACAAGCCAAGCUUUCUGAGGAGAAUGCAAAGGACCAAACCGCCUUUGAUUCUCAGAACAAUGCUGCCAUGGUGAAGGAACAAACAGAUAAGGCAUUUGUUGACUCAAAGAAAAAUCAAGAAGAAAGUGAUCAAGGGGCACAAGAAGAAGAUAAAGAGGAAGUGAAGGAGGUAAACGCAGUAUCCGAGAACCUGGUGCAUGUUUUCAAUGGACUGAAUCGAGAGUCUAGAAUACCCAAAGAAUCGAGAGGAUGUUUGGAUGUAAUUCCUGAGAGAGUAAUAGUGCCACCAGAUGUGAAUGUGACCGGGAAGUUUGAAGAUGAGUCAAAGCACAAACAAGAACGUGAAAAGGAGUGUGCAGGAGGAGGUAAGGAGCAUCCCGGAGAGGCUGGUAAAAGGGAAGAGAGUAAGAAGGUCCAAGUUGAUAAAUUAUGGACACGCCUUUGGUGGGGAAAGAGUUAAGACAUGUUAAAAUAUCCAAGGCUGGAAUUUGAAUUUAUGGAAACUAAUAAUAAUGGUGUACGUUAAUUGUGUGAAUAGCAUGUGUUAUGUUGGCAGCAAUGAACCUUAAGGUGUGUGAGGUUGUGUAUGAAACCAAAUUAGGUAAUAACUGGAUGAGUUGGUGUGUUUUAAUAUAAUGUUAAAGAUUUGAAUGGA